AUGAUCAUAACAAGAUCUAAUGCUCGAUUGAUCAGGUUUGUGGUGUUUGCCGUAGUCUUGAUUGGAUGCGGAUACCUUCUCACCAAAGGUUCGUCGUAUCAGCCACCACAAGUGCAACAAGUCCAACAGCAAGGAGCUAGCGGUGCUUCUCAACUUCAACAGCAGCCACAGGCAGCUGCAGCUCCUAAGCUUCAGCAACAACAGCAACAACAGCAACAGAUUCAGAAACAGCCGGCAGCAGCACCAGCAGCAGCAGCAGCAGCACCACCACAGCAAGCACAAGGGGGAGCAGCAGGUUCAGCAAAUGGUGGUGCUCAAUUAACAGGACAAACAGGAGAUUUGCCUUACACACCCAAGAACAUGGGUCCAGUGGCCAAGGCAUUCCUCGGCAGUGACAAAAAGACACCACAGUACAUUCCACAAAAGAACAUUGACCCAGCAACUUACUCCUCCAAGGACAAGAUCAAGGCUGCAUUUGUCGGUUUAGCUCGUAAUCAAGAUUUGCAAGGGUUUUUAGAAUCAAUUAAAACGAUUGAAGAAAGAUUCAAUAAAAAGUUCAAGUAUGACUGGGUUUUCCUCAACGAAGUUGAAUUUAGUGAAGAGUUCAAAACGACAAUUUCCAAUGCUGUUAGCGGUGAAGCUAAAUUUGGCUUGAUCCCAACUGAACACUGGUCGUACCCUGAUUGGAUUGAUCAAGAAAAAGCCGCAUUUGUUAGAGAAGAUAUGAGAGAGAGGAAGAUCAUUUAUGGAGAUUCAGCCAGUUAUCGUCACAUGUGUCGAUUCGAGUCGGGAUUUUUCUGGAGACAAGAUAUUUUGAAAGAUUAUGAAUACUACUGGCGUGUUGAUCCUGAUGUCAAAUUGUUUUGUGAUAUUGAUUAUGAUGUUUUCAAAUGGAUGAAGGAUAAUGGUAAAGAAUACAGUUUUACUAUUACUUUACCGGAAUAUAAAGAAACCAUCCCAACUUUGUGGAAAUCUACCAAGGAGUUUAUUGAUAAGAACCCUCAAUACUUGGCUCAAAACAAUAUGAUGAAUUGGGUUAGUGACGAUGGUGGCAAAACUUAUAAUGGUUGUCAUUUCUGGUCCAAUUUUGAAAUUGCCAGCUUGGAUUUCUGGAGAAGCGAUGCAUAUAAAGCUUAUUUCGAAUACUUGGACAAAGCAGGGGGGUUCUUUUACGAGAGAUGGGGUGAUGCACCAGUACACUCGAUUGCAGCCGCAUUGUUUUUGCCCAAGGAAAAAAUCCAUUUCUUUGAAGAUAUUGGAUAUUUCCAUGUUCCUUUUAACAAUUGUCCUGUUGAUGAUCGAAUUAGAGAAGAGAGGAAUUGUGACUGUAAUCCAAAAGACGAUUUUUCUUGGAAAGCUUAUUCAUGUACUGCAAAGUAUUACAAGGUUAAUAAUUUCAAGAGACAAAAGAAUUGGGAAAAGUUUUCCGGGUAA